GACGACCUGCUUCACACUAUUCAAUUUGUUCACACUGUCAUGGCGACCUACCAAGAGUUCAUCCAACAGAACGAGGAUCGGGAUGGAAUACGGUGCAGUUGGAACCUCUGGCCCUCCAGCCGCCUGGAGGCCACACGGCUAGUGGUUCCCGUUUCGUGCCUUUACACACCUCUCAAAGAGAGACCGGACCUGCCGCCUAUUCAGUACGAACCGGUAUUGUGUAGCCGGGCCAACUGCAAAGCUGUACUCAACCCGCUCUGUCAAGUGGACUAUAGAGCAAAAAUAUGGGCCUGCAACUUCUGUUUCCAGAGGAACCCUUUUCCUCCAUCAUACGCUGGCAUUUCAGAAGUGAAUCAGCCUGCCGAGCUCAUGCCUCAAUUCUCCACCAUUGAGUACAUAGUACAGCGUGGACCCCCCACACCUCUCAUCUUCCUCUAUGUGGUGGACACAUGUUUGGAAGAGGAAGACCUCCAGGCUCUGAAAGAGUCCUUGCAGAUGUCCCUCAGCCUGCUGCCACAGAACGCCCUGGUGGGUCUCAUAACCUUCGGCCGCAUGAUCCAGGUCCACGAGCUAACCGGCGAAGGUAUCGCUAAGAGCUACGUCUUCCGUGGCACGAAAGAGCUCACCCCAAAACAGAUACAGGAGAUGCUGGGAUUGAUGAAGCCAGCCCCUUCCGGACAGCAAGGCAAACCGAUGGGACCUCACGACGAUGCCAGUUCCUGCAGAUUUUUGCAACCUGUGGAAAAAGUGGACAUGAACCUGACCGACCUUCUAGGAGAACUGCAGAGAGACCCCUGGCCCGUUCCUCAGGGCAAAAGACCUCUGCGCUCCACAGGAAUUGCUCUUUCUAUUGCCGUGGGACUGCUUGAGGGUACCUACCCUAACACAGGGGCCCGUGUGAUGCUGUUCACCGGUGGCCCUCCAACUCAAGGGCCCGGUAUGGUGGUGGGAGAUGAACUGAAGACCCCCAUUCGCUCCUGGCAUGACAUUCAGAAAGAUAACGCUCGCCAUCUGAAAAAGGCCUCUAAGUAUUACGAGGCUCUGGCUAAUCGUGCCGCAACGAACGGACACGGCGUUGAUAUCUACGCCUGUGCGCUGGAUCAGACGGGAUUACUGGAGAUGAAAUGUCUUGCUAACCUCACAGGGGGGCACAUCGUCAUGGGCGAUUCCUUUAACACAUCUCUGUUCAAGCAAACCUUCCAAAGAGUUUUUAGUAAAGACUACAGCGGACAGUUUCGCAUGGCUUUCGGUGCCACACUGGAAGUGAAGACCUCAAGAGAGCUGAAGGUAUCUGGUGCGAUCGGGCCAUGCGUGUCACUUAAUGCCAAAGGGCCGUGUGUUUCAGACAAUGAAAUGGGCAUCGGAGGAACACACCAAUGGAAAAUUUGCAGUCUAACGCCCUCCACCACCCUGGCUAUGUACUUUGAAGUAGUUAAUCAGCACAACGCCCCUAUCCCUCAGGGUGGAAGAGGAGCCGUUCAAUUUAUCACACAAUAUCAGCAUUCCAACACACAGCGACGGAUCCGCGUCACAACAAUUGCUAGGAAUUGGGCUGACGCACAGACACAGCUCCCGCACAUCGAGGCUUCAUUAGACCAGGAAGCAUCUGCAGUACUGAUGGCUCGGCUUGGCGUAUUCAGGGCUGAAUCAGAGGAGGGGCCUGACGUACUCCGCUGGCUUGACAGGCAGCUCAUUCGCUUGUGUCAGAAGUUUGGACAGUUCAAUAAAGACGACCCCAGCUCGUUCAAACUCACGGAGUCUCUGUCACUCUACCCACAGUUCAUGUUCCACUUGAGAAGAUCACCGUUCCUCCAGGUGUUCAAUAACAGUCCAGAUGAGUCGUCCUACUAUAGGCAUCAGUUCAUGCGACAGGACCUGACACAGUCGCUCAUUAUGAUCCAACCCAUCCUCUACUCAUACUCGUUUCACGGCCCUCCAGAGCCUGUUCUUCUGGACAGCAGUAGUAUCCUUCCAGACCGCAUUUUGUUGAUGGACACCUUCUUCCAGUUGGUGAUCUACCAUGGAGAGACCAUUGCUCAGUGGAGGAAGGCAGGUUAUCAGGAGAUGCCAGAGUAUGAAAACUUCAAACAGCUUCUUCAUGCACCUCUGGAUGAUGCUCAAGAGAUCCUGCAGACACGCUUCCCCAUGCCCAGAUACAUCGACACCGAGCAUGGAGGUUCACAGGCCCGUUUCCUACUUUCUAAAGUCAACCCAUCCCAGACUCACAACAACCUCUACGCAUGGGGACAGGAGUCUGGAGCACCAAUUCUCACAGAUGAUGUUAGUCUGCAAGUUUUCAUGGAUCAUCUCAAGAAACUGGCUGUGUCCAGCUCAGCCUAAAUCUUUUUCCACUGCCCAGUGAAGAAUGUAAAUUUCGAGUGGAAAGAACAUUUGACUUUCCUUUCUGGAAAAACGGAUUUCCAUGUCUAGCCGUUGUUCCGUGACCAACUUUGACACAACUAAACGCAUCUUCGUCUUUGUUAUAGGCCCUCCAGAGAAACGUUCAAUUUUUUACCCACAUAAGUAAUUAUGAUUGUUUAAUUUAUGCGUGUGUGUUUCUUUUCUAUUGUGGAUUUGUCUGUCAUGUUUGUUUGCUUAUUUAAUUGAUUUAGUUUGGUGUUUGUCUAACAAAAAAGUGUUAUGUUUCACAAUAAACCAAUAAGCUUUUUAACAAAACGUCUGAUUUUCCAAAGAGAGAAUGUUAUCUCUGUCCUAUCAUGUUGUUUCGGUAAUUCUUCCUCGAGCAUGUUUAGACUGAAAUUUCCAUUGAGGCUUAUUUGUGAACGUCGUCUUGUUUGUUUGGUCUUUUAUUCAUUUUGUAUUGCUGUGAUCUGUUCAUGUUGGGUAAUAAAGUGCAUCACAGUCCUGUUCUUCCAGUCCUGUAAUUAGAUUUAAUUUUGUAUGUAAAGAAUUUGAAUGAGACCUGUGACCCACAUUCCAGUUAAUCUUGACUUGCAAAUAUAAACUAAUGCUAUGCAUAUAAUAUUUAUAGUGAGAAUCUAUUGUAGGUUUAUUUCAUUUCAAAAGCUAAAGAUGAUGUCGAGUACCUGAAUGUUCAGACUCUUAUCUUGAAUAAAACAUAAAUAAAAUAUUACAAAUAA